UUUGGACAGUGACUUUCGCUCGAGGAGUUUAUCGACGUUUGCGUUUAACUUAUGUAGGUUCUCCUGAGAGUUUAGUUUAAUGCAAACAGGUUCAACGAAUUAUAACAACCAAGAAGCUUUUCGACAUAUUAUAUCAGAAAGGACGACAGUUAAACUGUUUAUAGGCUACGUGCGUCAAAAGUGAAAGUAACACCAGAAUUCCUGUUUUUCUAAAAUGGCCCUUCGGUUAUUCGUGUCCUAUUUUAUCUUCACCUCUGGUCUAGUUGCUGGAGAGACUGUGUAUAAACUCAAGGGGGAGGAGUUCAACUUUAAACCAAACAUCACUGGACACCCUGGUAACAUUUUGUGGAAACAUAAUGGCAACAAAGUGGUAGAGUUUGAUGGCAACGAGCAACAGGUGUACAGCACGUAUUUAAACAGGAUCACCCUUGACUGGCACACUGCUGACCUCACCAUCUCUGACCUCAGCUUUGAAGACAGCGGAGACUAUGAGUUGGAAGCAUUCAAGUCGGGAGGGAAUUUGGAGACUUCACAUUUUAACUUGGUG